GUCACCGUCGUGUGUGAAAUAUUCAGACAUACAAGAAAUAAGAGCAAAGUGGCGAUAUUUAUUGAUUGAUUUUUUUUUAUUAGGGAAGGAAAUAAUCGAAUGGAUUUUGGAGACCGAUGCACGUGAUGAAAGCUGUCAAUCAAAAUACAUUUGGCGAGGAGCGCUGAUUAUGACGUAAACGGCGUCCCCCAUUCUAUUUCUAGGGUUCCAUAGACGCAACAUUCUAAACGCGCUGUAAAUUCCAGUGUUUUCCACACACUGGCUCAUUAGCAAAGUUACACUUUCUGCUGCUACAUCUGAGUUUGAAGAUUGCAAUAAUUACUGUAUGAAUUGGCCAACAAGACUCGGGUAAGUAGAAGGCAACAUUUGAUUCAAAAAGCCCGGUUUUAGUCGGGGUUAUUCGACGCGUAAACUUGUCAUUCUAUGCUGAUUUAAACUAAAAAAUGCGAGAAAAGUUUCCACGAUGAAUACUCAAUCAAUGAAUCAGAAGAGAAAUUGCUGUAGGACCCAAUGUUUGCCACAGGUUGACACUGUUGUCCAGUUUUGUGCUUUAAGUAAGAUGAAGUUGUCCAUGACAACACUGACCAAAGGUGGGUUUAGUUUAGGCCUGGCAUUUGAAAUCAAUCAAUCUCUUUAUUUUUCUCACAGUCAUGUCUAGAAGAAGUGCAAGGCUUCUUAAUGGAGGGUACUAUGACCAGUCCUCUGACGAUGAAUCCUCUGGCUCAAUUGUCUCCUACAAGGAAAGCCCUCUGCCCAGGGUAUUCAACAAGAGGAAAAUGAGAACUGUGGGCCAUAGGGGAAUCCAAAAUCCAAAUCAGCCAAUCAACGGCGAUGAAUUAAUUGGCAUGGUGCCAACUGUAAGGGCCGUCCAGAGAAGGCAGACCUUCCUGUCUCCUACUGUGGCCCCUGUUCCUGUGACCCCCGCUGCCUCUGUGGCCCUGCAGCCCAGCAUGAGCUCCUCCAGCAUUGGCUUCACCAGAAUUGACAGCUCUGGCUACUGCUCUGAUUCUGAGGAGCCACUGAGGGCCAAGACAUGCUCCACCAGGAGACUGUCCAGCGGGAUAGGCACUAGGGCCAGCGCUAGCUGCAGCUGGUCAUGUUUCCCGACUGGUUUGCCAUCCUGGUUUGUCAUCUUCCUCCUGCCUGUUCUCCUGACCUUCCUAUUUGUCUUUCCGAUCGUGUUCCCCACCAUGAACCUCAACCUUACAAUGAACCGCCCGACUCAACCUGACUCUCCACUCGACCUGACUCCAAAGGCUACGUAUGGAACUCCUAUCAUGGAUUCAGCUCUCAAAAACAAAAUGGACACCAUCCAGAGAGAGAUUGAGAUCCUUAAACAGAAAGCACCCCAGCACCAAGGCAUUUCCCAGAUGGUACAAAGACUGAAUAUAGACAUGAGGAGAAUAAGGAGCGAGAUUAACAACGUCAGAGGGAAAGUGAACAGUGUCUCUAUUUCUGUCUCUACUGCCGGAGAGCGUCUGGCCCAGGACGCUGCCGAGCUCAGCAGCAAGAUGUCUGAUUUCCAAGAGGAACAAUCCAUUACCACACAGCGGGUUAGAGCCCUGGAGGACAUCAGUGAUAUGGUAACACACAUGUACACGCAGGCACAUGUGCAUACACACACAAACACACACUUCUCCAAAUGUGUGUGAUCUGUGUGUUCUCUAGCUGCAGCAACAGGUGACCUCCAUUCAAAACCAUCCUGCUCCCACACCAGAAAACAUACACAUGACACCUGCUUUUAAAGUGGCCAUGGAGAAAUUGCUGAAUGACCGACUGGCCCAGAAUGAGAGAUGUGACGUGAAACAGUUGAUAAAGGAUUGCAGUCGUCCAUUGGCGGACCGACUGCCUGACUUUGCCUUGGAGUCUCAAG